GCCUGUCAAUAUGUUAGUUUGCUAUUUCGUAUUUUCACGAUUUUUUUCAAACAAGUGUACGCGAAAAGGAAUAACUUAAAGAAGCAAUGGCGAUUUGGUAAAAUUACAGCUACACUAACAAACAACGGGAUAACUGCACAAUAACAGCUAUACGGAAAAUCAACAUUCUAGUAAGGGCUAAUCUAGUUAUUAACCACACAUGACCUGGCAAAGCUGUUAAAGGACUAUAAUGAAUGCAAUUCGCAUAUUUGUAAGUUAGAUUACAAAUGAUGACAAAACAUAACACAAUUCAUUUGCCCUGUCACGCUAAUCCUGGACCGAAGCAACUUGGUACUCGUGAAGAGAGAUUUGGAUCGGAGAGGGACCCGAACUUUUCGGUGAGAACUCUUGAGGACGAAACUGUCGUGGAAGUUAAUUUAGGGCACGACAGUGGGAUGGGACCGCAGAAGAAAGAAUGGAGAAAGCUUCCAGGAGCCCAAAGGAAGAUGGUGAAAGCUACGAAACUGACAGAUGUGUCUUAGACGGAUCAAAAUCUGUACAUAAAGAACCCACGUCAAAUGUUUAGAAAUUCAUCUCGACAACUAUCUGCCCUACGAACAUGAGGGAAUCUUACUAAACAUUCGAAGCGAAAUGAAGACCCCCACAAGCCAAAGUGGUAUGUAUUCCGUGCUGAGGGCUGAAUGACACCGGCUGAGACGGUGUCUUAAAGGGAGCCUCCUAGGAAUCAGAUUGCCCCUUAUCCUCCUGAUAGAUCAGUGGGAGGUACUCGUGGGAAAAGCUGGACCACAAAAAAUGAAAUGAAGUAGAAGAGAGGAGGAAAACAGAUGGAACUCUUGAGGAAGAUACCGUCAUGGAAGCUGAAAUUCACGACACGACAAUGGGAUAGGAUCGCAGGAGAAAGAAUGAAGACAACUUUUAGGAGCCCAAAUAAUUAAGAUCGUGAAAGCUAGGAAACUGGCAGGUGGGACUUUAACGGACCAAAAUCCGUGCAAAUGCUUAGAAAUUUAUCUCGACAACUAUUUGACCUACGAACAUGAAGUUCGUAUAUAUUGGAAUCUUGCCACCAGUGAAAACAUCUUGGAAAAAAUAUGACUGAAGUAGUUUUUGGAACGACCGAUUCUAUUACGUUGGCAUAUUCCAUGAAUCCAGAUGAAAAUUUGGGAUACCCAGGUAGCCGAAACGCUCGUAAGAAGUCACUCCUACGUAUGUGGUUUCAUUUGACUGGUGUUUAGAACGACCGAUUCAAUUCCGUUGGCAUAUUCCAUGAAUCCAGAUGAAAAUUUGGGAUACCCAGGUAGCCGAAACGCUCGUAAGAAGUCACUCCUACGUAUGUAUGUGGUUUCAUUUGACUGGUGUUUAGAACGACCGAUUCAAUUCCGUUAGCAUAUUCCAUGAAUCCAGAUGAAAAUUUGGGAUACCCAGGUAGCCGAAACGCUCGUAAGAAGUCACUCCUACGUAUGUGGUUUCAUUUGACUGGUGUUUAGAACGACCGAUUCAAUUCCGUUGGCAUAUUCCAUGAAUCCAGAUGAAAAUUUGGGAUACCCAGGUAGCCGAAACGCUCGUAAGAAGUCACUCCUACGUAUGUGGUUUCAUUUGACUGGU